AUGCCCAAAACCAGUCUGGAAUUCGAGUGUGGUCAUAUGCUGCUGAGCUUAAGCCGUGGCAAGGAGGAUUUCUUGAGAAAGACUGUGGAAUCUUUUGCCAACACAAGGGGUUUACUGACAUUGUUUGAAAGCCUCUUUGGGAAGGGAGCUUCUCGAGAGAGUUCUUUCCUUGGCACAGAGGAGAUGGGCAAUGUCAGUACACGAGCACCAAUGCAGGCAGAACUUACUAAAUACGAUAUUGGUGCUGUUCGAAUGCACAACGGCAGUCUCCAGCACCUUGUGUGGCUUGGUUUGCAGUGGAACUCUGUGUCAGUCUUACCCCCAGUGCGGCAACUGUUAAAGCAGCUUUUUCACUUGCCCCAAGAAACAUCAAGGCUUGAGACAGAUGCUCCUGAAUCCCUUUGCCUGUUGGACCUUGAAGUAUUCCUACUCGGGAUGGUAUUCACUUGCAACUUAGAACUGCAAGAGAAGUUUAAUACUCGUGAUGAAACACAUCAGCCGCCUUUCUUACCAUUGCUGCUGUGCAAACAGUACUCUACUGAGAAGCAAAGAUCCUGGUGGGAUGCUGUUCGUGCUCUUAUGCAGAAAAAAACAACGCCAGAAUCAGUGACAAAACUGAAGUUUCUUGUCCAGCAUGGAUUAAGUACUCUGCGAGCGCUGGAGAAGCACGGCCUUCAGCCUGCCUUUAUUAUACACUGGGCAAGAAGCCUGCAAAAUACAGGCGCUAGCCUGAAAUUCUUCUGUGACCAGAAGGAAUACAUUGGAAGAAGUGUCUACUACUGGAAGAAAAUCCUGAUUAGUUUGGAAACCAUCAAAAAGAACAAAAAUAUUCCUGAACCGACUGAUCCUCUCUUCAAACAUUUCCACAGUGUGGACAUUCAGGUCUUUCAGGUUGCAGCCUAUGAAGAAGAGGCACGUAUAGCAUUUGCGGUGCUGGCUGCAGUUGAAGGCAAAACUGAUGAUGCCUUCCUAGCAUUUGAGGCUAUCAAGAAUGUGGUUUCAUACUGGAAUCUUGCCGAGCUUUGCCAAAGAAAGGCAGAGGAGAUGGUGAGUGGUGAUGUUUUGCCAGAAGAACAAGGAGAACACAAAGCCUACCUUCUCAAAAGAAAGCAGUACCUAACGAAGAUCAUUGAUGAGUUCUCCUCAGAUCUGUCAGUAGCUGACAAAUGGGCAGAAGAUGCCCGGUCUUUACUUCAGAUGCUCUGUCAGCAAGUGGACGCUUUAAAGGUAAACAACUUUGUCACUACAUGCAAUGCAGAGCAGUUGAUCUUUUUGUUACGGUAG